AAUCGACAUUUGCUAAUCUUCACGAAGAUAUAAUUCAUAAUCGCUUCAAAGAAUUUGAAAAAUCCCCAAGAGCCGAAAUGAUUAGUGUUUCUAUUCGUCCUUAUUAUGGGGAGACCGCUACUAUCAUAAAAGAAAAUACUGCAUUACUUCAAGAUAUUCCUAUUACAUCACGUCUUGGUUUUGCCGAUGUUGUGUUCCCUGGAGAUACGCGGAACGAAAUUUACCUUAGGUUUUUGUCAGGUGAUUUUACCCAAGGACGAGCUGCUACUUCAAGAAAUAUACAAAUCACUGUGGAAGUCAAAUUAGACACAGGUGAAACAACAUCUUUUGAAUAUUUGUUUGAACCACUUGCAGAAGUCGGAUUUACACUAGAAAAUGGAUAUGCUAAGUUAAAUAUGGCUGGUGAGACUAUUAUUCCACUUCCAGUUCUCUCUCUUGGUGGGUGA